ACGAGACGCGCAAGAUGGCGGCGGCUCUGGGGUGACCGCAGCCGCGGGGUGCUGGGGUCAUGGCGAAGAAUAAGAAUGCAGGCCAUAAAGGGUCCUAUGGCUACCAGAAGCUGAAAGAAAGAGAACCAAGAGCUUGCAUCCGAUUCAAAUGUGCGCUCACAAACACCAUCUUAGAUAUCCUGCGUCGGAGACCAGGAUGGGUUGAAGUAAAAGAGGAGGGCGAGUGGGAUUUUUACUGGUGUGAUGUCAGCUGGCUUCGGGAGAAUUUUGACCAUACCUACAUGGAUGAACAUGUUCGCAUAUGCCACUUCCGGAACCACUAUGAGCUGACUCGUAAGAAUUACAUAGUGAAGAACCUGAAGAGGUUUCGGAAGCAGAUAGAGAGAGAGGCAGGAAAGCUGGAGGCAACAAAAUGUGACUUUUUCCCCAAGACCUUUGAGAUGCCAUCAGAGUACCACUUGUUUGUGGAAGAAUUUCGCAAGAAUCCUGGCAUCACCUGGAUUAUGAAACCAGUUGCCAGGUCACAAGGGAGAGGCAUUUUUCUGUUCCGAAAACUCAAGGAUGUCAUUGACUGGAGGAAGGAUGGGGUCCGUACAGAUGAUCAGAAAGAUGAAACUCAAGUAGAGAAUUAUGUAGCUCAGUGCUAUAUUGAAAACCCAUAUUUAAUAGGCGGUCGAAAGUUUGACUUGAGAGUUUAUGUUCUAGUGAUGUCUUACAUCCCGCUGAAGGCCUGGUUAUACCGGGAUGGCUUUGCUCGCUUUUCCAACACACGCUUCACUCUAAGUAGCAUAGAUGAUCAGUAUGUGCAUCUCACCAAUGUAGCAGUGCAGAAGACUGCACCUGACUAUGAUCCAGAGAAGGGCUGCAAGUGGAUGAUUCAGCGGUUCCGACAGUACCUGACUGCCAAGCAUGGGGCAGAAGUGGUGGAGACUCUUUUUGCAGAAAUGGACAACAUUUUCAUCAAGAGCCUACAGAGUGUUCAGAAAGUGAUCAUCAGCGACAAACACUGUUUUGAACUGUAUGGAUACGACAUCCUGAUAGACCAGGAUCUCAAGCCCUGGCUUCUUGAGGUUAAUGCUUCUCCCUCCCUCACUGCCAGUAGUCAGGAGGACUAUGAGCUCAAGUGUCACCUUCUCAAGGACACUUUGCAUAUUGUGGACAUGGAGGGCAGGCUGACAGGGAAGGAGAAGCGUAUCGGGGGCUUUGACCUGAUGUGGAAUGAUGGUCCGGUCAGUAGAGCAGAAGGGAAUGUGGAUACACCAGAAAAUGGAAGCUUCAUGGCAAACACACAUUUAGGUACUUCACUCAUACACAGGUGGCAGGGCAUCCCACUCAAGGUCUUUAACUGUUUAAGACAUCAUCAAAAGUGAAAAACAUACUUUUCCCUCAAAAGUAAAAGGACCAGGUGUGAAUUAUUACAUAGUGAUAGCAGAGUGUAGUACUCAUGUGAGGUUAAGUGUGAGGGCGUGAAUAUUUUCCAAUUGUGGAGUGUUAAAAGCUGAUGUGAAGGCAGGAGUUAGAUUUCUGGAACUCCUUACCACGUGAGCCAGCACAGGUAUUUUUCAUCUGCCAGUUCCUUUUAAAAACUAUUCCCAAAGGUCCCUAAUACAAUUGUUACAACUGUUUAUUGUGCACAUUUCUAAUGUUGGUUGCAUAUUCUUGUUUAAUAGCCCAUAGUAAUGCCCAGUUCAAUCAAUCAGGCAGAAAGCACCUAUUAAAAGUUUUCACAUAGCACUAAGUAGUUAAAUGUGCCUUCAGUAUUUUCUCUGACUGUAGCUCCAUGCUGAUUGGAGCACAGCUUUGUCUGAAAGCAGGCAAUUAUCUCUACUCUUCACCCUUUCGGGGGACUAAGUCAUAUGUCACUUUGUUAAUGCUUUCAUUUCAGGCUACAACAAUGACAGGAAAAAACAGCUGAAGCAGCUCUUCAAACCUCUUCAUACCCAACAGAAAGUUUAAUGCUGAUCCAGAGCAUGAGGCAAGAGAAGUCACUGAGGAUUGAGCUCUUUCACUCCCUCAACCUCAUAUUGUACAGCUGCCAUUCUCAUUUGUCUCUUGACAGUUUCGCUGCCUCAGCAUAUGACUGCUGGCCAUUUCUUGGUUCCUUAGGAUCUUCCCUGCAUGGGAAUAUUAGUUAACGAAUCCCGUUCAUAAGCCAGAGCAACAAUAGAAGUGGGUUGGCUUUUAACUUGGACAUGAUGCAAUCAGGUAUUUUGGUUAUGUUUUGUUGUGGUUGACCAGUUCUUCAGUAAAGAAUUAAUCUGUUUUGUUCCACAGCGCAGGCUGUAACAAGGCUGUCAACUGGCUACUACAUACAACUAUAGAUCAGCUGUACAUGCCACAUUGCAGACAAAAAGCACUCCUAUCCAUCACUGACUCUGUAUACAUUGCAAUGGAUAUGAAUAAAAUAUUUAAUGCCUCA